CAAAAUGUCCCUUCGUACUAGUCAACAGCGUGUUCAAUAAAAUGAUCUUUAACCCUGCAGAUCAUCUUCUACGAGGACAGGAAUUUUCAGGGUCGCACCUAUGAGUGCAGCAGCGAGUGCUCGGACCUGCACUCGCACUUCAGCCGCUGUAACUCCAUCAAGGUAGACAGCGGAAACUGGAUGGUCUAUGAGAGACCCAACUACAUGGGCUAUCAGUACUUCCUGAGGAGGGGGGAGUACCCAGACUACCAGCGCUGGAUGGGAUUCAACGACUGUGUCCGGUCCUGCAGGAUGAUCCCUUCGCAUCAAGGAUCCCACAGAAUGAUGAUCUACGAACGCCCCGAGCUCGGAGGACAGACGAUGGAGCUGACCGAUGACUGCCCCUCCCUCCAUGAACGCUUCCAUCACAGCGACAUCAACUCAUGCAACGUGAUGGAUGGAAACUGGAUCUUCUACGAGCACCCACAGUACCGGGGACGGCAGUACCUGCUGCGUCCCGGUCAGUACAAGAGGUUCAACGAGUGGGGGAGCAUGACUCCCCGCGUUGGAUCCAUCAGACGGAUCUCUAUGUGAGAGACACUGUUAAUGUCAAUGACUGUCAAUAAAGCUUUCCAGUAAAAC